CAGGUUCGCUGGAUGUCAGGAUGGCGGCAUCAAACCUGGAGAAUCAGCUGCACAGUGCCCAGAAGAACCUGCUCUUCCUCCAGCGGCAACACGCAGACACCCUCAAGGGGCUGCAUGCUGAGAUUCGGCGACUACAGCAGCACUGCACAGAUCUGACGUACGAGUUGACUCUCAAAAGCUCAGACUCAACAGAAAGUGGGACUUCAAGAAGUGAAGAACUCAAAAGGAAGUGUGAAGAACUUGAGGCCCAGCUGAAAGUGAAAGAGGCUGAAAACAAUGAGCUAUUAAAGGAACUGGAGCAAAAGAAUGCAAUGAUAAUGGUGCUUGAGAACACCAUCAAGGAGAGGGAAAAGAAGUAUUUAGAAGAACUGAAAAUGAAAAGCCAUAAGCUGAACAUGCUGUCGAGUGAACUGGAGCAGCGCGCCAGCACGAUUGCGUACCUCACCUCACAGCUGCAUGCAACCAAGAAGAAGCUCAUGAGUUCAAGUGGGACUUCUGAUAGCUCUCCAUCUGGGAGCCCAGUGCUGUCCAGCUACAAACCAGCCCCUCCCAAAGAUAAGCUCCCAGAGACUCCGCGGCGCAGAAUGAAGAAAAGCUUGUACCCCCUCAACCCUGAAUUUGAAGAGGCCUACAGAUUAGGAUCGGAUAGCCGCAAACUGCUGUUACGGGAGCCUGUUGAUGCUAUGCCUGAUCCCACUCCCUUCCUACUGGCAAGGGAAACUGCCGAGAUCCACCUUAUCAAAGAGAGGCCUUUAGUCAUUCCACCGAUUCCUUCGGAACGCACCUCUGCCGAGCCACACAGCCCAGCCCGGGAGAAGCAGCACAAGGCUCACGUUGGUGUGGCACACCGAAUCCACCAUGUUGCUUCACCCCAGGCGCAGCCAGAGGUUGAGACACUAGCAGUGGAUCAGGUGAACGGGAGCAAAGUGGUCCGAAAACAUUCAGGGACAGAUAGAACUGUUUAAGCAUACUGUCUGGAGGUGACUCUCUUAUGCACUGUGAUCACAAAUAGGGUUAAUUGCAUCUGCAGUCACUCCCCCCCCCUUCAAAUCCCCUAUGCAUGCCAAAUUCUUCCCAUCACUAGAAUAACCUCCUCCAAUGGAUUCCCCAAUAUGACUAUCUACUUAAUGAAACGCUGUGGCCAAACUCAGGUGUCUGCCUGACUGCUUGCUUCCAAUGCUCCUUCAUUUAUUCUAAGCGCACUUGUGGGCAAAUGCCCAGGCAACAGUCUGCAUUAUUAAUCAAUAGUAAUGACAGAGCCUGAUAGCCUCCUAAUGAUAGCCCUGCAGCACUGUGUAUUGGCUGUUAAUGGUUAAAGCCUUCUAUGUAUCUGUCACUUCACGCAGUCAUGACAAAUCCUUCUUUUUGGGGAGGGGCAGCGCUGACCACCAGUGUGAGAAGAAAAAAAACAGCUGAGUGACCCUCCUCCGUCCAUCACAUGGUCUUGAUCACAGUGUUCAUAUUUUCUGUUACAUUUUUAUCUACAGCUACUAAAAUCCCAACAAACUCUAUUUUAUUAACCCUG